AUGAAAUUUGAAACUAAGUGUGCAAUUUCUCGGUUACAGUUUUCACUGUUGACGGUUGGUUGUGCCCUGGCUCAGAACUACAACGAUGGUCGCUACUAUCCGGAGCUAUACGCUGCCAAAUUCGACGAUGGCAAAUGGCGGCCGGACAACAGUGGAGCUUAUCGGGGCUCGGGAUCCAACAGUAGAUCAAAAACUUCGUCCGGAACUGUCGGUAACCGCUUCAUAGGUGCUUCCGUCGCAGGAAGUGGAGUGGCUGCUACCAGUUCUUUCAGUGAUUCCUUCGGGGCUUCUUCGAACAUUGGCUCGAGCAACGCCUUCUCCGUUGGUGGAUCGUUUUCUAGUGCCAAGAAAACCAAAACUGGAUUCAGUGAUUCCUCGGAUGCCGGAAAAAUUGGUAUCAAAGAGGAUACCCGCCAGCUGAACGAUGAUGGUUCCUAUUACUACAAGGUGGUGAACGAGAAUAAUAUUGAAGUUUCGGAAUCGGGACGGGUGGAUAAUGUCGGAACUGACGAUGAGGUUAUGCGUGUGAAGGGAUACUACGAGUACAUUGGCGACGAUGGUGUGCUGUAUCGUGUGGACUACAUUGCCGAUGAAAAUGGAUUCCAACCAACUGCUGCCCAUUUGCCGACCCCACCGCCAAUUCCGGAAGAAAUUUUGAGAUCAAUUCGGGAGCGAGGACUGGCACGAAAAUAGGACUUUUAGCUUACCAGGAAAUAUUGAUUGAAACUGAUUGCAUAUGGCGAAUCGGAUAAGUGAAAUAAAAAAUGUGUAUGCAUAAUACUGUUAAUGCCGAUCAUUUGUCCCGAACGCCAACGAACUGUCUCAUUUCAAACUCAAAAACACAAGUUAAAAACAAGUUUAAUUCCAGUUAUGUGCUCAGCG